UCCCCACUCAGCCCUUUUUGGAAGACAGACCUUGGCGGUGCAAGGGAGAAAAGGACCAGGAGUCCGCGCACCCAGUCCGGCGCGUCUCGCGCUUCUGCCCUUUCAGAGUAUGGGCUGGGGGAUGGGUUGAGUAAACUGGCGACCCAAGGCCCUUUGUCCCCCAUCUAUGAGGAUUCCGCCUUUAGAUUUAGUGUUCAGGAAUAAGGGGUUAUCCCUCCACCGCCCCACCCCUAUUUUCUUUUAGUCUCGCCUUCUGGUUUCAAUCACCCUCUGUAACCUGAAACCGUUCUGCUCUACUGCGCCGACUUGUGCAGGCGGUGUCUGUGCUCUCCUUGUUGCCUGUUGGUGCUUAGAAUCAGGCUGUGAUUUCUUUCCUUGGGACUUAAGAUCCCGCUGCUCUAGUUGGCCACCUGCCAGAGCCAGCUGGCAAUGCUAUUAUUGUCUGUUUUAGGCUUGCUGUGCGCUGGACCCAGUUUGGAGGGAUUACUUAACUGCUCUUGUAGUCUAGAUUGGGUUUCAUUAAAGGUUAGGUCAAAAACCCCUCCCUAUGAUUGCUAGAAUGCAUAGUAUGGUUUCUGUUGAAUUGCGAAUUCCCAGUGGCGCGCACACCCACCUACUCACCCAUCACCGGAGUUUCAGUAUAAAAAGACUCUUGGAUGGGUCAAGUGAAUGAGGCAGCAUUUUCAUUAACCAAACUUCUUGAAGCCACAUCUGCAGUAUCAGCUCAAGUGGAAGAGCUUGCCUUCAAAUGUACAGAAAAUGCACGUUUCCUUAAAACAUGGAGGGACCUCUUGAAAGAAGGCUGCCAGCGCCUUGUUGGCUUUGUAGGAGGAGGAGGAGGACACCCCCUGCCCCACCUUCAUGUUCAUGUUCAUGUUCCUGACACAUCCGCCCAGACCUCAGAAAACAGCAAUGGAAAUGAGACAUCCCUUUCCUCUGCUAAAGUGAGGAGUGUUCAGAGGAAGAGUCUAUAGAGGGAUGGCAUCAGAACUCAGGUCUUCAUGAUAGAGUAACUCAACUUGGCUCCAACCGGGGGAUGAAGUUGGGUUGGUGUAACUUCGAAGGGGAGCCCUCUCUGUACAACCAUCCAUUUAUAACGCAGAGGAAAUGCUAACAAAUUCUCAUCUGGAAAUGCGGAGUUCCUUUUAAAUAAAAAUCUAGAGGUAGUGACUAAAUGCCAUAGUAUCUGCGAAUUUGACACUACUUUAAUAUUUCAUGUUUACUACUGAGUUACGCUCAGUUUAAAAUGGACAUAAGUGAUUUCUGAAUGAGGGUCCUAACAUUUUCGUAAUCUGAUCUUUGGUAUUUACCAGAUGUAUUCAUCCAGGUGUCUCAAGAGUUUUAGCUGAAAAAGCAAAAGGUCCCUUUUCUUUUGGUUUGCCAUUGUGAUACCAAGUACUACUCUAAGGACUCUUUGAGACUCUUUUGGGUCUCUAGUCUGUUUGAUUGCAUCUUAGAUAGUUCUGCGUAGAGAUGAAAAGUGGGUUAGGAUACACAGCAAACACGUAUGGAAAUUGUAUGGGAAUUGUAUCAAAUUUUUCAGGGGAAAAAUUAUACAUUUCAUAUUGAAGUUUAUCAGUAAGGAUCAAAGUUAUUAUAAAAACGGUGUAACCAAUUUUGAUAUAUGUAUGUCUAUAAAUUCUGUAUUGCCCAAGUAUUUUAGAAAGAAAGGGAUUCUUAUGAAUUCAAUGGAAAACUUCAAGUCUAUUGCUUUUGCUUGCCUUGUGUCACUGAAAAAUGUUCAGUGAGUAGAUGUGUUAUACUUUUUAUACUGAGAUAUUUUAUUUUUGUAUUCAGUAAACUAUUCCAUUAUAGAGAAAUUAUUUUUGUAAAGAAAAGUGGGAACUCAAUAAGCAAAUAGGAGUGCUUGUUUAAAAUGCCUGUGAUAAUACAAAAGUCACAUUUUUAUCCCUAAAUAUAUUUAGUUCAUAUUAUAGUUCAAUAUAUGGGGAGUCAGUUUAAUUUAUUUAAUGGUGUUUCAUUUUUGGGGUGACUCUGCUAAAUUUUAUAGCUACUAUUUUGAUUUGACUUACUUUUCCACUUUAAUAAUUACUACUGGUGUCAAUGGUAAUAGCUUGGAGGUAUUUUUUAGGGUGUAUCUUAAAAGUUCUAAUUAAGGAAAAGUCUCCUCCCUUCCAUUACAGAAAGAUUUUUUAUUUGGCAAUACAUUAUUAACUUAUAAAUGAACACUCUAAAAGUGAUUUUUACCUGUGGAUUUUUCUUUUAUUCAUAUGUUAAGAUACUAUAUUUUAUGUGAUUGUAAAUAUAUUUAAUGCUGCUUAUUCAAAUAUGCAUGAAGUUUACAUACUCUGAAAAGAACCAACUUUCUGACCUAAUUUAAUUAGCAUUAAACAGCAUGUAAACAUGAAUGUCUUAAAAAAUGAACAGCCAGGGGAGCACAAAUUAUGUAGAUAUUCUAAAA